GAAAAUGCCACCGGGAGGCGGGCUCGUCGUGCGGGCCGCACUCGUUGCGCGUCGCAAGUGGGCGCUGGUGCGCGCGCCUGGGAUCGAUUCGCACGCCAGCGACGUCACGUGUCAAUGCCGGCGAGACUCCGUUCAGCAAUGGCGCAGCACGCAAGCCGGGCAGCAGGCGGCUACUCGCGGCCAGACGGCGGCUGUGACGUGCAAGCCGAAGAUGGUCUGCUGCGGCUGCGCAACCCGCACCUCUCAAACAUGGUCACUGAUCACCUCUACCAUCUAGCCCUAAGCACAGAUACGCACGACCUGCAGCAUAUGUUUGGCGACCUCAAGUUUGUGUGCAUGGGCGGAACCCCAGCGCGGAUGCAAGAGUUCGCGCACUUCGUCAAGCGUCGCCUGGGCAUCCAGCUGCCGACGGGUGCUGAGCUGUGCGAUAUCAGCCACCGGUCGUACCGCUACGCCAUGUACAAGUGCGGGCCCGUACUGUCGGUCAGCCAUGGCAUGGGCGCUCCUUCCCUGUCCAUCCUGAUGCACGAGGUCCUCAAGUUGAUCCACUACGCUCGCUGUCGUGACGUCGUGCUCAUCCGCAUAGGCACCAGCGGUGGAAUUGGCAUCCCGGCCGGUUCCGUGGUCGUGAGCACCGCAGCCGUAAAUGGUCUGCUCAAGGAAGAGCUCGAGCUGCACGUUCUUGGAGGGGUGGUACGGCGGCCGUGCGUGCUGGACGGCCGGCUGGCCAACGAGAUCGUCGCCGUGGGACAAGAGUACAUGGCCGGCACCAACGUCGUGGCUGGCAAGACGCUCAGUUCGAACGACUUCUACGAAGGCCAAGCCAGAUUAGAUGGAGCUAUCUGCCACUACACGGAAGAUGAAAAGUUGGCCUUCCUCGUGAAGCUACUUCAGCUAGGUAUCGUCAACAUCGAGAUGGAAUCCUCGCAGUUCGCAGCAAUGUGCCAUCACGCCGGGGUCAAAGGCGCAGUUGUGUGCGUCACCCUCCUCGACCGAAUGGAAGGAGACCAGGUGACUGCAUCCAAGGAUGUCAUGGCCGAGUGGCAGCGGCGGCCACAGGAGCUCGUCGUUCACUUUAUGGCUCACAAGCUAGGUGUGACGCUGUGCGCCUGAACCUCAUAUGAUGCGGCCUUCUCGUAGAAAAGCACACCACACCAGGGAACAUGAGUGUUUAUCGCCGUU